UUGAGAAAUCUCUGAGGAAUAAUAUUCCACCUGGACUGAGAAAAGACAAAUUACCGAAAAUAUAAUUUGGUGAGUUUUUCUUUUUUUAGGAACUAUUUGAAAAAGUCAGAAAAUGGCUGAAAAGAUCGUUCUUUUUGAAAGUUACCUGAGCUGCCAUGUUUGUUCAGAGACGUUCAGAGAUCCCGUGUCUCUGAGCUGCGGCCACAGCUUCUGUUCAAGCUGCCUGCAGCGAUUCUGGGAACAAGCUGGAAACAAGAACUGUCCCAUCUGUAAAAGAAAAUCCUCUAAAGAUAAUAUUUGGGUGAAUUUUGCACUAAAGGAACUGGCUGACUCGUUUGCUGAGAGACAGAAAACUGGAUCAACUGAGACAGAAAAAGGAGAGACGAAGGUGGAGGUGGUGUGUUGUGAACAUGGAGAAGAGACUAAAGUGUUCUGUGAGGACGAGCAGAAAGCUGUGUGUCCUGUCUGUGAGUUCUCUCUCCACCAGAGUCACAAGGUGGUUCCUCUAGAACAAGCAGUCAGGAACCUGAAGGACCAGCUGAGAUCUGACUUGGAGUCUCUGCAGGACAAGAGGGACAAACACCAACAAGUGGAGAAAACAUACAAUGAAGUGAUCCAACUCUCCAAGAAGCAGCUGGUGUCCACAGAGAGGAAGAUCAGAGCAGAGUUCAACAAGCUCCACCAGUUCCUGAGAGAGGAAGAGGAGUCCAGACUGGCAGCUCUGAGGGAGGAAGAGGAGCAGAAGGGGAAGACCAUCAGCAGAGAGAUGAAGAUGAUUGAGGAGCAGAUCUCCUCUCUGUCAGACAGCAUCUCUGCUGUUGAAGAAGACCUGCAGAAAGACCAGGUGUCGUUCCUCAGCAGUUAUAAAGCCACUUCAGACCAGAGCCAGA